AUGACUUCUCUAGACUCUGCCACCGAAGGACUUCGUCAAAGAAAUGCACCUCUCCAAGCUUCCAGCCAAUCUGAAGCUCGACAGGCUGUGCUUCAACUGAACGCCCUUGAGGAGAACUCGGCUAAAGAUGAGAAAGAUCGAAAGACGUUUGGUCGGACUCCCAGCGGAACUGUCUUCACCGUGCCGUAUACGCAUGACAUGGUGUCCCAACUUCUGUCACCGUCCGAGCCCAAGAAUCUGGGUGAUAUCUUGGUGCUCUUCAUCUUGUUGCUGCACAUCAUUCUCGCUUGGAGCCUACCCUCCGCUUACCGAACACCCGUGCUCGGUGCCAUAUUUCUGACCUGGCGAGCCGGUUACAAUAUCGGAAUUGGUUGGCUGUUACACAUGCAAUCACACCAUAAUCGUCUGGUACGCUGGGGUAGAAAGUCGAAACUCUUCCCUAGUGCCUCUAACGGUGAGAACCCACAUCCCAAGUUGAGAGCCUUCGUCAAACGCGAACUGGAGACCAAGAUCGCAAAGGAUUACAACUUCGAUGAUGCUCCUCUCGAGUACAACACUUGGUUGGUAUUUCGUCGUAUUGUGGAUCUCAUUCUCAUGUGCGACUUCACUUCAUACAUGCUCUUUGCAAUUUCCUGUGCUCGAAGUCCACCAGGGGAGUCACUGUUUAUGACCUUCUUGCGGUGGAUUAUUGGUAUUGCCCUUUUCGUCUUUAACCUGUGGGUCAAGCUGGAUGCACACCGUGUCGUCAAGGACUUUGCCUGGUACUGGGGUGACUUUUUCUAUCUCAUUGACCAGGAACUUACCUUCGAUGGAGUCUUUGAGAUGGCGCCACAUCCAAUGUAUUCGAUCGGUUAUGUCGGAUACUAUGGUGCUUCCCUGAUGGCCGCAAGCUACAAGGUCUUGUUCAUUUCCAUCAUUGCCCAUGCAGCACAAUUCGCCUUCUUGGUGAUCGUCGAGAACCCACACAUUGAGCGCAUCUACAACUCUCCACCUCCACGUAAGUCAAUUGAUGAGGUACCAGGACCACAGAGUGCUUCGGCCAAAAGCGGCCAGUCUGCAGAUCGUCAACCAAUCCCAGGUCACGCGCAACCUCCUCAAACCCACAACCUACUGGGGCUGCAGAACUUCGACUUCUACCGCACAACUGAUACUUCGGUCACCAUCAUCAUGGGCCUGAUAUUCACCUUGGCGUUUGCAACUCCGGACACAACAUUUUGGAGAGCCAUGUUCGUCAUUGCGGCUGCCAUUUGCCGCGUGUGGUAUUCAGUCGGUCUCGGAUAUCUGCUUAAUAGGCAGUCAUCGAAGAAGAAAUGGACCCGACACUUUCUCAAAUAUGGCGAGACCACCAAUGAGGCUUGGAGGCAGUGGAAAGGCACGUAUCACCUCGGCAUGACCCUCUGUUACGCAACAUUCGCGGCGGCCGCGUGGAAGAUGUAUGACGUGCCUUCAAGCUGGGACUAUGGACUGUAUCUCCUGAAACACGUCAUAGGAUUUGGGCUUAUUGCUUUGCAAGUCUGGACCUCUUUCAGCAUCUAUGACCAGCUCGGUGAAUUUGGCUGGUUCUUUGGUGAUUUUUUCUUCGAUCAACAACCAAAAUUGACCUACGGAGGAAUUUACCGAUUCUUGAACAAUCCCGAGCGAGUUCUAGGCCUCGCUGGAGUAUGGGGUGUCGCUCUCAUUACGAGUAGUAAAGCGAUAUUUGGUCUGGCGCUUCUCAGUCACACCUUGAGUCUGGCCUUCAUCCAGUUUGUGGAGCGGCCCCAUAUGCAGAAGCUGUAUGGCCGGAGUCUCCGACAAGAUGCUGGACUCGUCAGAAGCCUCCGUCGAUCUCUCCCUCCGCCCCUUCGUCAAUGGCAAGAUGGUAUGGAUAAAGUACUUAGUGAGACCUUUGACAUCGUAGAAGAUGCCAUCGACGCAGCUAGACCGAGACUGGCUGCAGGUGUCACGAGUAUCGUUGAGGAUUUCAAGGGCAUGUUUCAUACAGUGCCCACUCGAAUGGCCAUCACCUCCACAGACUCAGACGUUAUUGGCCUCGAACCAAAGGACUAUAAGCUUGAAAUUUCCGGAACACCAGCAUCCGCAUUGGCAGACUCAGAGCGUUCUAGCAAUAAGGAGUCCGAAACAGCAAGAACACCGCCUGAACGCACCAACGACUUCAAGCCGUUGUUAUUCGAAUAUGGUGCGCCUGUCAAAGUGAAAUGGACCGCCCCUGUCAACCAUAGCCAGAAUGAUUGGAUUGGACUAUAUAUGGUGUCCGACAAUUCUAGCAGAGAAGUCACAAGAACUUCAUCCUCAGGUCGAUGGACUGCGACCAACAUCGGUGCAUACGAUUCGCUUGGCUCGGAAGCAGGUAUCAUUACCAGCGAUCUCAAGUUUACUCUCGCUACUGAAAAGGACGGAGAGAAGCAAUUCUGUUCAGGCGAGAUGGUGUUUUCCGGGGACAAACUUUGGUGGACCCAAGGCGUAUUUGAGUUCCGCUAUCAUCACGACGGGAAACACACCGUGAUGGCAAUUUCACUUCCAUUUGAGAUUCGCAUCCCGCCAUUUGGGGACGAUGAGCUCGAGCUGGUGGAUCCGAACAUCUCAUUCACGACGCCGACUCUUCCACAGACCGAUGAGCUCAUCCGAGCCGCCAUCGGAAAAACACUGCUCCCUGUCGUGCAGAACUGUUUUGAUCGGGACCCCAAUAUCGCGCCUAUCAACGAGAAGCAAGCCUUUGGUAGCCUCGUAGAGCGUGACGGCAAGUAUGCUCGACGGGUGGUCUAUGCUGUCCGACAGAUGUUUGGCAUUGAGUUCGCACCCCAGGUCGUCAAGGCCGAUGGCAAGGUUGAAAAUUUGGCAUGGAGGAUCUGGGAAGCUAAGAAGGUACUCGUACCUUACUCUAUGUCACGAUCAAACGGGGCGAGUACACCAGUCGAGGUUGACGAGAAAUAA